AAAAUCAGGAACUUGUGCUGGCCCUGCAAUGUCAAGGAAGGGGGCUCACCUAGUGCUCCUGCAGCGCAGGGGGCAGGCCUGAGCCCUGCGCCCGCCCCGUGUCCGUCCAGCCCCCGACGGGGCGCCCCAUCCCGAGGGGCUCUGUAGCGGCCCCCACCAAGGCAGGGGACCGGAGUGGCUUGGAGCUCGGCUGGAUGUUACAGGCGUGCAAAAUGGAAGGGUUUCCCCUCGUCCCCCCUCCAACAGAAGACCUGGUCCCCUAUGACGCAGACCUGUACCAACGCCCACCACACGACUACUACCCAUACCUCAGCAGUGAUGGAGAAAGCCACAGUGACCAUUAUUGGGACUUCCACCCCCACCACGUGCACAGCGAUUUCGAGAGCUUCACUGAGAACCACUUCACGGAGCUGCAGAGCGUGCAGCCCCCCCAGCUGCAGCAGCUCUACCGCCACAUGGAGCUGGAACAGAUGCAUGUCCUCGACACCCCCAUGGCACCACCCCACGCCAGCCUCGGCCACCAGGUCUCCUACCUGCCUCGGAUGUGCCUCCCAUACCCCUCCCUGUCCCCGGCUCAGCCCAGCUCGGAUGAGGAGGAGGGUGAGCGGCAGAGCCCCCCGCUGGAGGUGUCUGAUGGGGAGGCCGAUGGCUUGGAGCCAGGGCCGGGCCUCCUGCACGGGGAGACUGGCAGCAAGAAAAAGAUCCGCCUGUACCAGUUCCUGCUGGACCUGCUCCGCAGCGGCGACAUGAAGGACAGCAUCUGGUGGGUGGACAAGGACAAAGGCACCUUCCAGUUCUCGUCCAAGCACAAGGAGGCGCUGGCGCACCGCUGGGGCAUUCAGAAGGGCAACCGCAAGAAGAUGACCUAUCAGAAGAUGGCGCGCGCUCUGCGCAACUACGGCAAAACAGGCGAGGUCAAGAAGGUCAAGAAGAAGCUCACCUACCAGUUCAGCGGGGAGGUGCUGGGCCGCGGGGGCCUGGCCGAGCGGCGCCACCCGCCCCACUGAGCCCGGGGGCGCAGAAGGCCCCAGGCCCCGGCAGGGCUCCCCGCCGGCCAUAGCAUUAACCCCUCGCCGGCCCGGACACAGGGAGGGAAGCUCCCAUGGGCCAGAGGCUGGACUGUGGUGGACCAGGCUUUGCCUCGCCCGCCCACGCCCCUCCUUCUAGCCCCCUCCCCAGCCCCCCGCUUUGCCUCCCACCAGGACUCCA